AUGCCUGGUAAAAUAAAUAUUGAUUUAAAUGGUAACUUUUGUGAUUCAAAGGGAAAUAUUAUUGUGCUACGAGGUGUUAAUCUUGACCCAUCUGUUAAGUACCCAUCCAAUUCAUUUAGUUCUACCCACUUUGGAAGUUUAAAAGAUGGACUCGGUAAUAAUUUUUAUGAUGAUGCCGAUAAGGUCAGCUAUAUAGGGCAUCCCCUUUCUCUUGAAGACGCUGAAGUUCAUCUAAACAGAUUGAAGUCUCUUGGUUAUAAUUGCAUUCGUUUGCCAAUCACAUGGGAUGCAUUGGAACAUGAAGGACCCGGUAUAUAUGAUUAUGCAUUUAUGGAUUAUAUUAUUGACCUGUUAAAAAAGAUCCAAGAUAUUGGAGGAUUAUACGUUUAUUUAGAUCCACAUCAAGACGUUUGGUCCCGUUUUGGGGGAGGAUCCGGUGCUCCAUUGUGGACAUACCAUUGUUGUGGGAUGAAACCAAUAAAUUUUGAGUCAACUGGAGCCGUUAUUCUUCAUAACUCUUACAUUGAUCCAAAAACAGGUAACGAAUUUAAGGGCAAUAAUUAUCCAAACAUGCUAUGGCCCACAAAUUAUUCAAAACUGGCAAGUCAAACAAUGUUUACGUUAUUCUUUGCAGGUAAAGAUUUUGCGCCAAAAUGUGUUAUCAAUGGAGAGAAUAUUCAAGAUUAUCUCCAGAAUCAUUUUAUAGACGCAUUUUUGGAGUUAUAUAAAAGAGUACAAGAAACUGCGCCUUCUUUGAUCUCAGAAGAUGUUUUAAUUGCAUUAGAAUCUAUGAAUGAACCAAAUAUGGGCUUUUUGGGUGAACGUGAUCUUGGAAUUAUUCCUGCUGAAAGAGAUUUGAAACUAGGGCCUACACCAACUGGCUUUCAGAGUUUUAUAUUGGGUGAGGGUAUGUCGAGUAAUGUAUGCACAUAUAAUUAUGGAAAACUGGGGUUUGUGAAAGGCAAAGAUAUUAAAAUAGAUCCAAAGGGUAAGAAAGCUUGGUUGGCAAAGGAGGAAUGUGAUGUUAUUGAUAAAAAAUAUAAUUGGAUCAGAGGGUCAGAAUGGGUACCUGGAACAUGUAUUUGGAAACUUCAUGGUAUUUGGAAACAUUCUGAUGCCAGAAAUCCAGAACUUAUUAAACCAGAUUAUUUUUAUAAUAAACAAUCUGAUAAUUCUCAACAAUCUGAAAAAAUAGAUGAAAAAUUCUUUAUUAAUAAUUAUUUUGUGGAUUAUUACUCGAAAUUGUAUCAUAAGUUUAGAGCAAUAUCAGAAACUGGAUUAUUAAUUAUGCAGCCACCACCAUUAAAGGAACCUCCCAUUUUAAAAAAUGCAGACUGUAUAGAUAACAACACUAUUCUGGCAUGUCACUUUUAUGAUGGUAUGACAUUGAUAUAUAAGACUUGGAAUAGAAUAUUCAAUGUAGAUACAUUAGGUAUAACCAGAAAGAAAUAUAGCAAUCCGGUGUUAUCCUUGUCUUUUGGCGAGAAUAACAUAAGAAAAUCGAUUAAGCUACAACUGAAACAAAUGGUUGAAGAAUGUAAAACUCAUAUAGGUGCUAAUGUGCCUGUCAUGUUCACAGAAAUUGGAAUACCUUUUAACAUGAAUAAUAAAAGCAGUUACGAUGAUGGGAAUUAUAGUCGCCAAAUAAGAGCUUUGGAUGCAUUACAAUUUGCUUUAGAAGAUUUGAAUAUAUCUUACAGUCUAUGGUGUUAUUGUCAUUUGAACUCGCACAAAUGGGGCGAUGGUUGGAAUAAUGAAGACCUCUCAAUAUGGUCAGCAGAUGAUAUGCAACUUAAAAAUAGCAAACUAUUGGAUAUUCCAAAUUCCCCUAUAAGAAAUAUGGCGAAAAGUAGUGUUGAUUUAGUUCAAUAUGACCCAUCAAUGAAAAAUUAUGAUGAACAAUUAAUUCUGAUUGAAAAUUUAGAUUUACAGGGUUUCAGAGCCUUAGAUGCGCUUAUAAGACCGUUUCCAUUAAAAAUUAACGGAAGUUUUAGACAUGCAGCCUUUCUUCUUAAAGAUACUUCAUAUAGGCUGGAAAUUGAUGGCAAUUCUUCAAAAGAUAAUACAUCCUGUACUCAGAUAUAUCUACCGUUGUAUCAUUUUCCUAUUAGCAACAUAGAUAUAAGUUCAUCGACAAAUAAAGUACUGCUUGAUGCUAAUAGACAAGUGUUAUUGUGGUAUCAUAAAGAUGGACUGCAAUAUAUUAAGAUUGAGUUAAAGAAUAGGAGUCAGAAUUCCUGUACCAUAUCUUAA